CUAUGCCUGUGGUAAUUCGUGGUUCCAGCUCAGGACACUUCUAAAGUAAGGUGGGUGUUUGCCUAUGCACAAGUCCGUACAUGUAAUCCAGUGACAUAAACAGGCAAUCGGGAAAUAAUGUGUUGUGGGCAGGGUCAGUGAUUAGACUUGCAACUGCCCAAUCAGUAAGCCUGCCAGGUGUCGUACUGAAUGGAAGUGUCCCGGACUGCCGAAUUUUGCAUGGAUAUACUGUCGUGGAUUUAGUCAAAGGAUACUCCGAUUUUCUCAAAGGAUAUUUCGAUUUAUAUAAAACAUUCGCAGAGGAGAAAGUAAGUUUGGUACCGAUGUUUAUUUGAACGACAGGACAAUAUAAAAAAAAUGAGUUUUGGAGGUAGCUUCGGUGUUGACGCGGGUAUCGGUUUGAAGGCAGAUGUCAAGGCACCCGAAGUUGAUGUGGGGCUUUCGGGGAGAGGCUCUCAUGGAAAUAAUGUCGGUGCCGGUUUCGGAGGUGAGGUUGACGCAUCAGGACCGAAUGUCGGUGUGGGGCUUUUGGGGAGAAGCUCUCACGGCGGUGAUGCUGGUCUUCGAGGUGACGGUGAACUUGGUGGUGACGUUGAUGUAGCUGGACCAAAUGCUGGUGUUGGACUUUCGGGGAAGGGCCCUCAAGGCAGUGCUGGUUUCGGCGGAGAUGCUGGUUUUGGUGGAGAUGCUGGUUUUAAAGGUAACGCUAAAGGCCCGAAGGUUAGUGCAAACGGAAGAAAAUCACGUCGUGAUAGCGGAAGCGACAACAGCGACGAAGGACACACGGGCAAAGGCGGUAUCAACUUAAAAGUUGGCGGCGGAGCAAAAGUUAAAGGAUCCAAGAAAUCUGGUAAGAAAUCUCGGUCUCGCAGUUCUAGCAGCAGUUCAAGUUCCAGUAGUUCCAGCAGUUCUAGCAGUUCAAGCAGUUCCAGUAGCGGGUCUGAUGGGGACAAGAAGAAACGAAGCGCCAGUGCAGGUGUCAGUGGUGACAUCGGUAUGAAAGGAAAGGUGAAGACUCCAAAGGUUGGCGCAGGUGUAAAGGGAAAGAAGAGAUCACGUAGUCAUGGUGAUUCCGACGACAACAGUAUUGAUGUUGGGGGUGGUAUUGAUAUUGGCGGCGGUGGGACUCUGCCCGUGAGGGGAAAGGCAAAGGGACCCAAGGCCGGCUUAGGGGUGAAAGGGUCGCGAGGGUCUCUAGCAGCAGACGACGACCACCAUAGCAAACGAAAAAGUGGCGGGUUUCUAGACUUUUUCAGAAAUCUUCCGAAAAAGUUUGGGAGUAAAAGGGAUGUCAGUGCUGACAUUGAUGCUGGCGUUAACGUGAAAGGUGGUGCUAAAGCACCUAAAGCGCCUAAAGCGCCUAAAGGAAGCGCCGGUGUGAAUGCUCCAAAUGCUGGCAUCAAAUCUAAGGCGCCGAAGGGAGAGCUGAAGACAGGCGGGGACAGAGGUGGGGGUGUUGGUCUUGGUCUUGGCGGCGCCAUUGGCUUGAAGGGUGAUACUGAUGUUAAGGGACCCAAGUUUGGCAAGGGACACGAUCCCCAUUCCCAUUCUGGCAGCGACUCUGAUGGUGGAUUCAACUACAACAUGCCCAAGUUUUCAGGCCUGAAUUUCGACACUGGCGGAGGAGGCAGCGGUGGUCUUGGUGGCGAUGCUGACAUUGGUGGGCAGGCGGCGCUCCCGGGCUUUGAUUCAGACGCUGGUCUCAAAGUCAAAGCAGAUGCUUCAAAUGUUGACUUGAAUGCCUCGCCUAAAGGAAAACAACCUGGUGCUCAUAUCAAAGGUGGAAGGGGAGAUCUACCUAGCGCUGGUAUGGAAGGAGGAAUGGGACUUAGCGGUCCUCGAGGGGGAGUUGGACUAAAUACUGAUGUUGAAAUGAAGGGCGAUGUUGAUCAUAAUAUCAAAGGUCCAAGCUUUGGAAUAGGUUUCGGUGGAAAGGCUGGUGGCGACGCUGAUGUGAACAUGGACGUGGAUGCCCCAGAUGCUGGUUUUAGAGGUGGACCAAGCGGGGGCGCCAGUAUAGGUGGACUGAAAGCUGAUACAAACAUCAGUGGUCCGGAUGUCAAUUUAGGAAUGAAAGGCAGCGGCGGUGCUGGUGUCGGAGCUAAAGGACCUAAAGCUAAUUUCGGAGUAAAAGGACGACGCUCUCGCAACGACAGUGACUCAGAUUCCGAUUCCGACGACGGCGGUAAAAAACGCAGCAGUGGAUUUAAUUUUAGUGUGCCUAAACUGCCAAAGUUUGGUCGCAAAAAGAGCGCAGACGCCCGUGGUUCAUUGGGAGGUUCCGCCCAGGAUAUAAGCGUUGGGGGAGGUGUCGACGGACGGCCUGACGCUGGAUUGCAAGUGGAUACUCCGGAUGGUAACGUCAAAGCAAAGGGUAAGUCCGGAAAGAAAUCUAGCUUUGGUAAAAAGGGCAUUGGUGGUUUUAAGUUUCCAAAGUUUGGAGGUAAAGGUGCCAAGGCAGGCGUAUCAGUGAGUGGUCCAGAUGCAAAGAUGGACACGACAGAUUUUGAUGUUAAUGUUUCUGCCGGCGGUAAAGGUCCGAAGAUUGGAGGUACCAGUGGCGGCAUCGGCUUAGGAGGCGGAUUUAAUGGAGAUGGUGAUGCUGGAAUUAAGGGACCAAACAUUGGUGGAGGUAUUGGAGGCGGAUUCGGCGGGCCAAACGUUGAUGCUGGAGUGAAAGGACCAAAGAUUGGUGGAGGCAGCGGCGGCGGAUUCGACGGGCCAAAUGUCGAUGCAGGAAUAGAAGGACCAAAUAUUGGUGGAGGGAUUGGAGGCGGAUUUGACAGGCCGAAUGUUGAUAUGGGAGUGAAAGGACCAAAGAUCGGUGGAGGCAUAGAUGGCGGAUUUGGCAGCGGUAUCGGCGUAGGAGGUGGACUUGAUGGUCCAAACCUUGAUCAGGAUAUGGAAAUUGAAGCUGAGGUGCCUGAAUUAGAGUUAAAUUCAGCACCUCAUGGCGGUGAUUUUGACGUUGGAGGUGGCUUCGGUGGAGGUAUUGGAGUUGGAGGUAAUGUUGGAGGUGACGUAAAAGGACCAAGUUUUGGUUUUGGAGCCAAGGGGGGAGGCUCCCAUUCCGACGACGAUUCAGAUGACGGCAAGAAGAAAGGUAAGGGAAGAUUUCACUUUGGCCUCCCUAAGGUCAAAAUGCCCAAAUUUGGCGGAGGCUCAAAAGGUUCCAGCCCAGAUGUUGAUGCUAAUGUAUCGCCAAAUGGUGGCAAAAUCAGGGGUGGUGCCGACGUAGACUUGGAUGUCGACCUCAAUGCCAAAGGAAAAGCCAAGAGUCCUAACAAGAAAAAAGGGUUCAACCUGAAGUUCCCUAAGUUUAAGUUCUCUGGUGAUGGCGAUGCUAAUGGGCAUGGAGAAGUGAAAGGACCAACGAUUGGUGGAGGUAUUGGAGGAGGAUUUGACGGGCCAAACGUUGAUGCUAGGGUGAAAGGACCAACGAUUGGUGGAGGCAUUGGAGGCGGGUUUGACGGACCAAAUAUUGAUGCUGGAGGAAAAGGACCAAAGAUUGGAGGAGGCAUUGGAGGUGGAUUUGAUGGGCCAAAAGUAGGAGGAGGCAUUGGAGGUGGAUUCGACGGGCCAAAUGUUGAUGCAGGCGUAAAAGGAUCAACGAUUGGUGGAGGCAUUGGAGGCGGAUUUGACGGGCCAAAUGUUGGCGGGGGUCUUGGCGGCGGAAUUGGUGGCAGUUCACCUGAUGCUGGUGGUAAUGUUGGAAUUGAUGCUGAUGUUAAAGGACCCAGUUUUGGAAUCGGUGGGAAGGGUGAUCAUGAUCAUGACCAUGGCCAUAAGAAAGGCAAAGGUGGUUUCAAAUUUGGUUUUGGUGGUAAAGGCAAAGGCUCUGACAGUGAUUCUGAUGAUGACGACGACCAUCACAAGAAAGGCAAAGGUGGCUUCAAGAUUGGUCUGCCAAAGUUUGGAGGAGGUGGUCCUGGCAAACAUGGUCACGGUGGGGCCGAUCUAUCACUGGAUGGACCAAAUGUCGAUGCUGGAGUAGAAGGACCAAAGAUUGAUGGAGGCAUUGGAGGUGGAUUUGACGGGCCAAAUGUUGAUACUGGAGUGAAAGGACCAAAGAUUGGCGGAGGCAUUGGAGGCGGAUUUGAUGACCCAGAUGUUAGUGGAGAUUAUAAAAUAGAAGCUGAGGCACCAGAUAUAGAUUUGAAUUCAGCGUCACCUGGGGGCAAAGUUGGAAUUGGAGGAGGAUUUGGUGGUCUUGGAGGCAUUGGUGGUGACGUUAAAGGACCCGAGAUUGAUGUUGAUGGAAAAGCAGGGCAUGGUGACGGGCAUAAGAAAGGCAAAGGGGGAUUCAAAUUUGGAUUUGGAAAAGGCAAAGGCUCCCAUUCCGACAGUGAAUCAGAUGAUGAUGAUGACCACAAGAAAGGUAAAGGCGGACUACAUUUUAAUAUGCCGAAAAUAAAGAUGCCCUCGUUUGGUGGUCAUGGGAAGCAUGACCAUGGUAGUCCAGACGCUGAUGUCAAAAUUGGUGUUGGAGUUGGUGGUGAUAUUCCUGAUGCUGGUGGAAAUGUCGGACUUGGUGGUGGCGUGAAAGGACCAAAGAUUGGUUUUGGAGGUAAGCCAGAACAACCUGAUGCUGAUAUUAAAAUCGGAGGCGAUCUGCCCGAUGCUGGCGUCAGCGGUGGAAUAAAAGGACCAACUAUUGGUUUUGGUGCCAAAGGAGAUGCAGACCAUGACCACAAGAAGCCCAAGAAGAAAAGCUCAUUUAAAUUUGGUUUUGGUAAAAGCAAAGGCUCCCACUCCGACAGUGAGUCUGACGAUGAUGAUCACCACAAAAAAGGCAAGGGUGGCUUUAAGAUUGGUCUGCCCAAAUUUGGAGGAGGUGGUCAUAGCCACGGCCAUGAUGGAGCAGACAUACCAGAUGCUGAUGUUAGCAUUGGAGGUGGCGUCAGUGGUAGUCUCCCAGACACUGGUAGUAAUGUUGGCAUUGGCGGUGAUGUGAGAGGGCCAAAAAUUGGCUUUGGCGGGAAGGCUGACAAACCAGAUGCUGAUGUUAAUAUCGGUGGUGGAAUUGGCGGUGGUUUACCUGAUGCGGGUGGAAAAGUUGGAAUCGACGCUGAUGUCAAAGGACCCAGCUUUGGAAUUGGCGGAAAAGGAGAUCAUGACCAUGACCACGGCCACAAGAAAGGCAAAGGUGGCUUCAAAUUUGGUUUUGGCGGUAAGGGCAAAGGCUCUGACAGCGAAUCUGAUGACGACGGUGAUCAUCACAAGAAAGGCAAGGGUGGCUUUAAGAUUGGUCUGCCAAAGUUUGGAGGAGGUGGUCAUGGGAAGCAUGGUCACAGUGGAGCCGACGUAUCACUGGAUGGACCAGACGUCGAUGCUGGAGUAAAAGGACCAAAAAUUGGUGGAGGCAUUGGAGGCGGAUUUGACAAGCCAAACGUUGGUGCUGGAGUGAAAGGACCAGAGAUUGGGGGAGGUAUUGGAGGCGGAUUUGACGGGCCAAACGUUGGUGCUGGAGUGAAAGGACCAGAGAUUGGGGGAGGCAUUGGAGGCGGAUUUGACGGACCAAAUAUUGAUGCUGGAGUAAAAGGACCAACGAUUGGUGGAGGCAUUGAUGGUGGAAUUGAAGGGGGUCUUCCUGAUGCCGGUGGUAAUGUUGGAAUCGAUGCUGAUGUAAAAGGACCCAGUUUUGGAAUCGGCGGAAAGGGAGAUCAUGAUCAUGGCCACAAAAAAGGCAAAGGUGGCUUCAAAUUUGGUUUUGGUGGUAAGGGCAAAGGCUCUGACAGCGAAUCUGAUGAUGACGACGAUCAUCACAAGAAAGGCAAAGGUGGCUUUAAGUUUGGUCUGCCCAAGUUUGGAGGUGGUGGUCAUGGAAAGCAUGGUCACGGUGGAGCAGAUAUGUCAUUGGAGGGACCAGACGCCAAGGUUCCAGAUGCCGAUGUCAAAAUUGGUGGCGGAAUCGGAGGAGAUCUUCCUGAUGCUGGUGGUGAUGCCGACAUUGGUGUUGGAAUAAAAGGACCAACUAUUGGUUUUGGUGCCAAAGGAGAAGCUGACCAUGACCACAAGAAGCCAAAGAAGAAAAGCUCAUUUAAAUUUGGUUUUGGUAAAGGCAAAGGCUCCCACUCCGACAGUGAGUCUGACGAUGAUGAUCACCACAAAAAAGGCAAGGGUGGCUUUAAAAUUGGUCUGCCCAAGUUUGGAGGAGGUGGUCAUGGAAAGCAUGGUCAUGGUGGAACAGACCUAUCACUUGAGGGACCUGAUGCCAACGUUGACGUUCCAGAUGCCGAUGUUAAUAUUGGUGGCAGAAUUGGGGGAGAUCUACCGGAUGCUGGUGGUGAUUUUGGCAUUGGUGGUGGCGGGAAAGGACCAACGAUUGGCGGAGGUAUUGGAGGCGGAUUUGACGGGCCAAAUAUUGGGGGAGGCAUCGGAGGCGGCUUUGACGGACCAAAUGUUGAUGCAGGAGUAAAAGGACCAAAGAUUGGUGGCGGCAUUGGUGGUGGAAUAGAGGGAGGACUCCCUGAUGCCGGUGGUGAUGUUGGAAUCGAUGCUGAUGUAAAAGGACCCAGUUUUGGAAUCGGUGGAAAAGGAGAUCAUGAUCAUGGCCACAAAAAAGGCAAAGGUGGCUUCAAAUUUGGUUUUGGUGGUAAGGGCAAAGGCUCUGACAGCGAAUCUGAUGAUGACGACGAUCAUCACAAGAAAGGCAAAGGUGGUUUUAAGUUUGGUCUGCCCAAGUUUGGAGGAGGUGGUCAUGGAAAGCAUGGUCAUGGUGGAGCAGAUGUAUCAUUGGAGGGACCAGACGCCAAGGUUCCAGAUGCCGAUGUCAAAAUUGGUGGCGGAAUCGGAGGAGAUCUUCCUGAUGCUGGUGGUGAUGCCGACAUUGGUGUUGGAAUAAAAGGACCAACUAUUGGUUUUGGUGUCAAAGGAGAAGCUGACCAUGACCACAAGAAGCCAAAGAAGAAAAGCUCAUUUAAAUUUGGUUUUGGUAAAGGCAAAGGCUCCCACUCCGACAGUGAGUCUGACGAUGAUGAUCACCACAAAAAAGGCAAGGGUGGCUUUAAAAUUGGUCUGCCCAAGUUUGGAGGAGGUGGUCAUGGAAAGCAUGGUCAUGGUGGAACAGACCUAUCACUUGAGGGACCUGAUGCCAACGUUGACGUUCCAGAUGCCGAUGUUAAAAUUGGUGGCAGAAUUGGGGGAGAUCUACCGGAUGCUGGUGGUGAUUUUGGCAUUGGUGGUGGCGGGAAAGGACCAACGAUUGGUGGAGGUAUUGGAGGCGGAUUUGAUGGACCAAAUGUUGGGGGAGGCAUCGGAGGCAGCUUUGAUGGACCAAAUGUUGAUGCAGGAGUAAAAGGACCAAAUAUUGGUGGAGGCAUUGGUGGUGGAAUAGAGGGAGGACUCCCUGAUGCCGGUGGUGAUGUUGGAAUCGAUGCUGAUGUAAAAGGACCCAGUUUUGGAAUCGGUGGAAAGGGAGAUCAAGAUCAUGGCCACAAAAAAGGCAAAGGUGGCUUCAAAUUUGGUUUUGGUGGUAAGGGCAAAGGCUCUGAUAGCGAAUCUGAUGAUGACGACGGUCAUCACAAGAAAGGCAAAGGUGGCUUCAAAAUCGGUCUGCCCAAGUUUGGAGGUGGUGGUCAUGGAAAGCAUGGUCAUGGUGGAGCUGAUGUAUCAUUGGAUGGACCAGAAACCAAGGUUCCAGAUGCCGAUGUCAAAAUUGGUGGCGGAAUCGGAGGAGAUCUUCCUGAUGUCGGUGGUGAUGCUGACAUUGGCGGUGGAUUAAAAGGACCGAGCAUUGGUUUUGGUGUCAAAGGAGAUGCAGACCAUGACCACAAGAAACCAAAGAAGAAAAGUUCAUUUAAAUUUGGUUUUGGUAAAAGCAAAGGCUCCCACUCCGACAGUGAGUCUGACGAUGAUGAUCACCACAAAAAAGGCAAGGGUGGCUUUAAGAUUGGUCUGCCCAAGUUUGGAGGAGGUGGUCAUGGCCACGACCACGGUGGAGCAGACAUACCAGAUGCUGAUGUUAACAUUGGAGGUGGCGUCAGCGGUAGUCUCCCAGACGCUGGUAGUAAUGUUGGCAUUGGCGGCGAUGUGAGAGGGCCAAAAAUUGGCUUUGGCGGGAAGGCUGACAAACCAGAUGCGGAUGUUAACAUCGGAGGUGGCGUCGGUGGUGGUUUACCUGAUGUGGGUGGAAAUAUUGGAAUCGACGCUGAUGUAAAAGGACCCAGCUUUGGAAUCGGCGGAAAAGGAGAUCAUGAUCAUGACCAUGACCACAAGAAAGGCAAAGGUGGCUUCAAGUUUGGUUUUGGCAAGGGCAAAGGCUCUGACAGCGAUUCUGAUGAUGAUGACGAUAAGAAAGGAAAAGGUGGCUUUAAGUUUGGCUUGCCCAAAUUUGGAGGAGGCGGUCAUGGCCACGGUCAAGUGGACGCCGGUGGAAAAACUGACCUACCAGACGUUGAUAUUUCUGGCAAAGCUGAAUUACCAGAUGCCGAUGUUAAUGUGAAGAAACCUGGUGGAAGUCUGAAAAAGAAAUUUAGCUUUGGGAAAAAGAAAGAUAAAGAUGUGAAGGUCCUAGCCUCAGGAGACGGAGGUCUUCCUGAUGCUGGUGGUAGCAUUGGUAUUGGUGGUGACCUGAAAGGACCCAGUAUUGGGUUUGGAGGAAAGGCAGAUGAACCGAACAUGGAUGUUAACAUCGGAGACGGUGGUGGUCUUCCUGAUGCCGAUGGUGGCGUUGGAAUUGAUGCUGGCCUAAAAGGACCGAAAUUCGGUACUAAGGUAGACAAACCAGACAUCGAUGUCGAUCAUGGUCAUAAGAAAGGCAAGGGUGGCUUCAAAUUUGGCUUUGGUAAAGGCAAAGGGUCCCAUUCUGACAGCGAAUCUGACGAUGAUCACAAAAAGAAAGGCAAGGGUGGCUUCAAAUUUGGCCUUCCUAAGUUUGGGGGAGGUGGUCACGGUGGUGCACAUGGUGAUAGCAAUAUUGGCAUUGGUGGUAACAUAAAAGGCCCGAGUAUUGGGAUAGGAGGAGACGCAGACAUUCCAGAUCUCGACCAGGACCUAAAAAUUGAAGCUGAUGUCCCUGAAGCUGAUUUGAAAUCAGCCCCACCCGGUGGAAGCAUUGGAUUUGGAGGCGGACUUGGAGGAGGCCUUGGAGGUGGCAUUGGUGGUGAUUUGAAGGGUCCCAGUAUUGACUUCGGAGGAAAGGCUGACAAACCAGAUGCUGAUGUUAAGAUCGGAGGUGGUAUAGCUGGUGGCCUUCCUGAUGCAGAUGGUAAAGUUGGAAUUGAUGCUGAUGUUAAAGGCCCCAGCUUUGGAAUCGGUGGAAAAGGAGAUCAUGAUCAUGACCAUGGCCGCAAGAAAGGCAAAGGUGGCUUCAAAUUUGGUUUUGGUAAGGGCAAGGGCUCUGACAGCGAUUCUGACGAUGACGACCAUCACAAGAAAGGCAAAGGUGGCUUUAAAAUCGGAUUUCCAAAGUUUGGAGGGGGUGGUCAUGGUGGAGCUGAUAUCAAGGCCGACGUACCAGAUGCCAAAAUCGGUGGUGGAAUCGAUGCUGGCCUUCCUGAUGCUAGUGGUAAUGUUGGUAUCGACGCUGACGUCAAAGGACCAAAGAUUGGUUUUGGCGGAAGGGCUGAUAAACCAGAUGCUGAUCUAAAAAUUGGAGGCGGAAUUGAAGGUGGUCUCCCUGAUGCCGGUGGUGAUGUUGGAAUUGACGCUGAUGUAAAAGGCCCCAGCUUUGGAAUCGGUGGUAAAGGAGAUCAUGACCAUGACCAUGGCCGCAAGAAAGGCAAAGGUGGUUUCAAAUUUGGUUUUGGUAAGGGCAAAGGCUCUGACAGCGAUUCUGACGAUGAUGGUCAUCACAAGAAAGGCAAAGGUGGCUUUAAAUUUGGUUUGCCAAAGUUUGGAGGAGGUGGUCAUGGUGGAGCUGAUAUCAAGGCCGACGUACCAGAUGCCAAAAUCGGUGGUGGAAUCGAUGCUGGCCUUCCUGAUGCUAGUGGUGAUGUUGGAAUCGACGCUGACGUUAAAGGACCAAACAUUGGUCUUGGCGGAAGGGCUGACAAACCAGAUGUUGAUGUUAACAUUGGAGGCGGAAUUGGAGGUGGCCUCCCUGAUGCCGGUGGUGAUGUUGGAAUUGACGCUGAUGUAAAAGGACCCAGUUUUGGAAUCGGAGGUAAAGGAGAUCAUGACCAUGACCAUGGCCGCAAGAAAGGCAAAGGUGGCUUCAAAUUUGGAUUUGGUAAGGGCAAGGGCUCUGACAGCGAUUCUGACGAUGAUAGUCAUCACAAGAAAGGCAAAGGUGGCUUUAAAUUUGGAUUUGGUAAGGGCAAGGGCUCUGACAGCGAUUCUGAUGAUGAUGGUCAUCAGAAGAAAGGCAAAGGUGGCUUUAAAUUCGGUUUGCCAAAGUUUGGAGGAGGUGGUCAUGGUGGAGCUGAUAUCAAGGCCGACCUACCAGAUGCCAAAAUAGGAAGUGGAAUCGAUGCUGGCCUUCCUGAUGCUAGUGGUGAUGUUGGAAUCGACGCUGACGUUAAAGGACCAAACAUUGGUCUUGGCGGAAGGGCUGACAAACCAGAUGUUGAUGUUAACAUUGGAGGCGGAAUUGGAGGUGGCCUCCCUGAUGCCGGUGGUGAUGUUGGAAUUGACGCUGAUGUAAAAGGACCCAGUUUUGGAAUCGGAGGUAAAGGAGAUCAUGACCAUGACCAUGGCCGCAAGAAAGGCAAAGGUGGCUUCAAAUUUGGGUUUGGUAAGGGCAAGGGCUCUGACAGCGAUUCUGAUGAUGAUGGUCAUCACAAGAAAGGCAAAGGUGGCUUUAAAUUCGGUUUGCCAAAGUUUGGAGGAGGUGGUCAUGGUGGAGCUGAUAUCAAGGCCGACGUACCAGAUGCCAAAAUAGGAGGUGGAAUUGAUGCUGGCCUUCCUGAUGCUAGUGGUAAUGUUGGUAUCGACGCUGAUGUUACAGGACCAAAGAUUGGUUAUGGCGGAAGGGCUGACAAACCAGAUGUUGAUGUUAACAUUGGAGGCGGAAUUGGAGGUGGCCUCCCUGAUGCCGGUGGUGAUGUUGGAAUCGACGCUGAUGUAAAAGGACCCAGUUUUGGAAUCGGUGGAAAAGGAGAUCAUGACCAUGACCAUGGCCGCAAGAAAGGCAAAGGUGGCUUCAAAUUUGGGUUUGGUAAGGGCAAAGGCUCUGACAGCGAUUCUGACGAUGAUGGUCAUCACAAGAAAGGCAAAGGUGGCUUUAAAAUCGGUUUGCCAAAGUUUGGAGGAGGUGGUCAUGGUGGAGCUGAUAUCAAGGCCGACGUACCAGAUGCCAAAAUCGGUGGUGGCCUUCCUGAUGCUAGUGGUAAUGUUGGAAUCGACGCUGAAGUUACAGGACCAAAGAUUGGUUUUGGCGGAAGGGCUGACAAACCAGAUGCUGAUGUUAAAAUUGGAGGUGGAAUUGGAGGUGGCCUCCCUGAUGCCGGUGGUGAUGUUGGAAUCGACGCUGAUGUAAAAGGACCCAGUUUUGGAAUCGGUGGUAAAGGAGAUCAUGACCAUGACCAUGGCCGCAAGAAAGGCAAAGGUGGCUUCAAAUUUGGGUUUGGUAAGGGCAAAGGCUCUGACAGCGAUUCUGACGAUGAUGGUCAUCACAAGAAAGGCAAAGGUGGCUUUAAAAUCGGUUUGCCAAAGUUUGGAGGAGGUGGUCAUGGUGGAGCUGAUAUCAAGGCCGACGUACCAGAUGCCAAAAUCGGUGGUGGCCUUCCUGAUGCUAGUGGUAAUGUUGGAAUCGAUGCUGAAGUUACAGGACCAAAGAUUGGUUUUGGCGGAAGGGCUGACAAACCAGAUGCUGAUUUUAAAAUUGGAGGUGGAAUUGGAGGUGGCCUCCCUGAUGCUGUUGGUAAUGUUGGAAUAGAUGCUGAUGUUGAAGGACCCAAUUCUGGAAUCGGUGGAAAGGUAGAUCUUGAUCAUGACCAUGGCCACAAGAAAGGCAAAGGUGGCUUCAAAUUUGGUUUCGGUGGUAAAGGCAAAGGUUCUGAUAGCGGAUCUGGUGAUGACGACGAUCAUCACAAGAAAGGCAAAGGUGGCCUCAAAUUUGGCCUUCCUAAGUUUGGGGGAGGUGGUCACGGUGAUGCAGGUGGUGAUGGCAACAUUGGCAUUGGUGGUAGCAUAAAAGGCCCGAGUAUUGGGAUAGGAGGAGACGCAGACAUUCCAGAUCUCGACCAGGACCUACAAAUUGAAGCUGAUGCCCCUGAAGUUGAUUUGAAUACAGCCCCACCCGGUGGAAGCAUUGGAUUUGGAGGCGGACUUGGAGGAGGCCUUGGAGGUGGCAUUGGUGGUGACUUUAAGGGUCCCAGUAUUGACUUCGGAGGGAAGGCUGACAAACCUGAUACUGAUGUCAAUAUCGGAGGUGGUAUAGGCGGUGGCCUUCCUGAUGCAGAUGUUAAAGUUGGAAUCGAUGCUGAUGUUAAAGGACCAAGGUUUGGAAUUGACGGAAAAGGAGAUCAUGACCAUGACCAUGGCCACAAUAAAGGCAAAGGUGGCCUCAAAUUUGGUUUCGGUGGUAAGGGCAAAGAAUCUGGCAGCGACUCCGACUCCGAUGAUCACAAGAAAAGCGGCUUUAAACUUAAAUUUCCCAAGUUUGGAGGUGGUGGUCAUGGCCAUGGAGGAGCUGAUAUCAAGGCCGAUGCACCAGAUGCUAAAAUUGAUGUCCGAGGUGAUCUCCGAGAUGUUGGUGGUAACAUUGGAAUCGAUGGGGGUGUUAAAGGACCAAAGACAGAUGUCGAUGUAGAUAAACCAGAUGGUCAUAAGAAAGGCAAAGGCAAAGGUGGCUUCAAAUUUGGGUUUGGUAAGGGCAAGGGCUCCGGCAGCGAAUCUGACGAUGACGACGAUCACAAGAAGAAGUCCAAGUUUAAAUUUCCGAAGUUUGGUGGGAAUAAGAAGGGUCACUAUGAGUUUGGUGAUGGACAUAGUGAACUGCCGGCGAGUAGCCUUGAUGGGAAAGGAAGUUUCUCCUCUAACGUUGGAGGUGACGUUAAUGUUGUUGGUGGUGCACCAAAGGGCGGAAUUGGCCUGAAAACUGGCGGAGAUUUUGACGCACCAAAGGGUGGAAUUGGCCUUAAAGCUGGCGGAGAUUUUGACGCACCAAAGGGUGGAAUUGGCCUAAAAGCUGGUGGAGAUUUUGACACACCAAAAGGACGACUCGGCCUGAGAGGCGAGUCCCCUGAGAUAGAUCUGAAAGCAGAUGCGCCAUCGGUUAAAAUUGGUGGUGACGUCAACGUUCCUGAUGCUGAAGUUGGGUUUGGUCUCGGUGGCGGUGUGAAAUCCCCGAAAGGAAAGGCUGGUGGUGAUGCCGGAAUCGAUGUAGAUCUACCCUCAGCAAAGAUCUCAGGGGGACUUGGAGGAGAUGCAGGAGACUCUGAGAGUUCAGAAUCUGGUGGCGGCGGUUUCGGAAUCGGAUUCGGCAAGAAAAAGAAACACACAAAGAGGCGGUCAUCAGGUUCUUCAGAUGAUGAGAAGAAAAAGGCCAGUGGCGGGUUUGGCUUCGGGGGCCCAAGCAUUGGGUUCAGUGGUAAAGCUAGUCAUGAUAACUCAGAUGAUGAUGGUGUAAAUUUAGGAACUCCUGGGUUAUCUGGUGGUGUUGGAAUCAAGGGCGGGGUUGAUGCUGAUGCCAGUACUGGUGGACGAUCAUCGUUUGGACUGCCAAGUGUCUCUGGUGGCUUUGGAGGGAAGGGUGAUGUCGGUGGCGAUAUUGAUGCCGACUUAACACUGCCUCAGCUAACUACUCUUCCAACUCCUGAUGCCAGCGUUGGAGAGGCGGAGCUUGAUUUGCCAGAUGACAAAAAGAAAAAUAGAUUUUCUCUCGGAAAGUUAAAGGGGUCAAAGCCAAAAGGAAAGAUUGAUGUCAGUUUAGAUGCGGAUGCCAAGCCAGAUGUCGAUGCUGGGAAGUCAAAGAAGGGAUUCAAAAUGCCAAGUUUCAAAAUGGGUGGAGGAAAAAAGAAGAAAGAGGAAGGUAGUAUUCAUGUUCCCGAGGUUGAAUUAAAUGCUUCGUGUUCUGAAGACGAAGUUGUCGUCCCUGAACUUGACACCGGAGUCGAGGCUGGUUUUGGAGGAAGUGCUGAUGCAGGUGGCUCAGGCCUAGGUGGUAUAGACUUAGGUUUAAACCUGCCGUCUGCUCAGGUCUCCGGAGGUUUACCGGCGGGUAAAGUGUCUGGCGGUAACGGUGGUUUCGGUAUGCCGUCUGGUAACAUAUCUGCAGAAAAACCAGAGGUUGGCCUUUCCACUGGUGGGAAUCUAGAUGGUGCACCUUCAAUCGGUGAGAAAGGCAAAAUGGGCUUGGGAUUACAUGGUUCAAAACGGCUGACGACGGACUUGGACGCCACAUCGAGUGAGGAUGAAGGGAGAUUGUCUCGCCAAUCAUCUCUUGGUAUCAAAGGAGGUCUUCCAGGCAGUGGGAUUGUCAGUCUAGGGCUUGGGGGCAGUGGACAGAAAGGUGCAAGUCUAGGAGGCAGUGGUGAUGCUGAUAUCGGAGGAAGUGGUGGAAGUGGUGGAAGUGCCGUUUUAGAAGUCGGGGGAAGCGGUAAACAUGGAUCUGAUGCCCGAUUAAGUGGAGGCAGCAAGCAUGAUGCCAGUCUUAGUGUAGGGGCCGGUGGAGCUGCUGGCGCUGCGCUCAAAGGCAGUGGAGAAGCCAGCGUGGAAGCUGAUAGCGACAGCGAUAAUGAGAAGAAAGGCUUCUCAUUCUUCGGCAAAAAGAAGAAAUCGAAAAAGGACAAGAAGAAAUCUCGAUCAAGUGGUAGUUCCAGCAGCAGCAGCAGCAGUAGUUCCAGCAGUAGCAGCAGUAGUUCCAGCAGUAGCAGCAGCAGCAGUAGUAGUGAUAGCGACUCAGAUGAUGAGAAGAAAGAGAAGAAAAAGAGUAAGAAGUCAAAGAAAUCAAAGAAGAAAAGUAAAAAGUAAACAGUGGUACAAGUUAAAUAUUGGAGCGAUGCGCCAAGCAGUUGAGGUUAAGUGGAAGUUGAUACUCUUUAGUCUGGGAUGUAGUAGAAGUUGUUUGGUGCCAGUUGCAGUGAAAUUGACGCCCUUGUUGAAAGAGUACGAUUUGGAAGAAAUGGUCGGGACGCUGAAUUGAGAGGGAAAUGGUUGCAUAUGACCCCAUCCCAGUAGCAGCAGAUGAUAGUGAGGACGCAGGGUGUGGUGACGCAUACUCGCGGCACUUGCUCUACAGAAUGGUGUCAUGGUGAGGUUAGCAGACGAGUGGUGAUGUCAGGGGAAUGGCUGGUGAUGUUAGCAGGUAGCUGAUCAUGUUAGCAGAUGACUGGUGAUCGAUUUGAAGAUGCAUCAGGUAUCGAACAUUUAAGACUCACUGUGAUGAACUAUCGAUAGGAAUAAUAAUGACAAUCUGUGGAUAAGACGCAAAAACAUUAAGUGGAUAUUCAGUGAUUCAUAAUUAUGCUUUAUUCAAAGACCUAAACCCAGGUGAUUGUUGGUUCAAUGAUGUUACGUAAUAGAUUCUGACAUCCUUGAUCAUCAUUUAAAGCAAAAAGUGAUAUCACUGCUUUGAUAAUGAUUGCUUUUGGUUACAGGUGAUGAAAUUGUUUGGCAUUUGUCCCCAAUUGUCUCACAAAGUAUCCUUCAUUUACUGCCAUUAGUUUUCUCAAAUAACCGUUACUUAAGUUUUGACAUCUGUAUCCAAAGUCACUGGGUCUGGGUCUUGUGAAGAGAGUGUAGUCUGAGGAAUAUAGACUGUCGAUGUUGCUGCAGGGAACAUAAAAUCACGAUGGGACUUCGAAUGAACUCAUGAUUGCUGAUACCAAGAAUCAAUAAAGACUAGAAUUAUAUUAGUCUUUAUCAAUUCUUGCUGAAAGUUGUCAAUGCAUGGAUUGUAGUGAUGCCGUCUGGAAAACGUCAGAAAAAUGGAGGCGUAAGUUGUCUUUUUCUGUUAUUCAACUUGUUACAUAAUCGUUGUUACAUCUUUCAGUGUUCCACAUGUUGCAGUGUUCCUCCUUGCUUAGUGUUCCAUUGGUGUUUUCUGUUUUCUGUUGUUAUGGGAAGCAUCUGCACGUUUUCAUCUUCAUCACCAAUGUUAGACUUAUCCCGUUUAGCUUAAUACUACCAUAUAUUUUUUAACGAGAUCAAACUAUCUGGGAACAUCGAUUCACAAGAACGCUGAAAGAUUUACCACCGUCUCUUCGGAGUGUUCGUUUGAAUACAAAGCGGAUCAAGAUAAUCAUACAAUUUGGCUCCAAAUGAACGCUCUCCGAUUAUUUUUGUUGUAAAUUCGUUUUUGUCUGCUGUUCAGUCUCCCCAGGAAUUUGCACAGUCUGUGUCAACUUGGAAACUUUGAGAUGUCAGCUUCGUGUCAUUUUUGCAGAUCUACAGUGUGUCACAAUGAAAUGGGUCAACAAAACGCUCUUUUCAAUAAUGUUUUUCGGCAGUUUCUUUCCCCAGAAAUCUGCAUUUUCAUGAUAAGCAUGUUAUUUUUGUGACGUCCUGUAGAUCAUUGCAACUUUAAAGGCUUUUAUAAGAAUGGUAACUGUAUUUAAGUGCUUGGUAUGUCAUAACGGCCUACCCCUUUUUGAAAAUGUGAUUAGUAAAUCCGGUUUAGCCGAUCAAUGGGAUUGAGUCAAAAUAAGUAUAUACGGGUAUUAUUUCAAAAAGGUAGAUUUUAAAACAAUUGUGUGAGUUUCGGUUAAUUCUAAUCAAAACGCCUCUCUGUCCUUACAUGCAGUGUAGCAGACAGGGUGUGUCUUCUCUAAGCCGUCAAUCGAUGUACAAUACUGGUCAAAAGUAAUGUCACCAUGUCUUUGUUUCGCAGUCUGAAAACUCAGCACACCCUGUUCGACGAUGUGUCAACAACACAUUCGACAUUCACAUAAGCAUUUCUUUAAAGGGCUGACCGUACCACCAUUUUGGUAAGAACUUGGAUUCCUAAAGCAAUUAGAACACCUUCAAAAUGAAUUGAAUGCUCAUUUAAAACCUGGGAGGCUGUUCUAUUGAAAACAAAGACCCACCCUUGAAAAUGGCAUUGGGUUCGUUUUGAAAGAGUUCAUAUUGCUUUAGGAUUUAAAGUUCUUAUGCCUAUGGUUAACCCCUUAAAAGGAGUUGUCACUCUUGAUCAUACAUGUGUCAAAGUACAAUGGUUUGGGUGUUAUCUAACAUAAGUCCUUGAAGAAACGUCUCCAGGGAUUCUCACCAGUACAAAAACUGUCCUGGGCCUAUGUAUGUUCUUAAGACAUAAUACAAAUAAGAAGGAUAUUGUGUAUAGUCAGGUUGAUAACAGAUGUAGAUCUUUAUAUCAAUCCUUGACCCGCUUGUUUCGAUUCGUAAUUAUUCCAAUUGCCAACAUUUACACUUUGAGUUGCGGGCCACUGAGGAUGUUCAGUGGACAGUCCCCUAUCUUCAGAAUGUGAUUUCUUUUUCAGAUUGAAAAAAUGCAAAUAAACCUAAAGCAUUUUCAAUGAAAAUCAAACAUUUCAAUCAAACUUUUCGGUCAAUUAUUAGAGAACAUGUAUGUGAUCACAAUCUCUCAAAAUGAACAAAGAACUUGAAAGAGUACAAGGUAAAUGCGUACUAUAACAGGUUUACUAUAGCAUUGCAAACACCAAGGACUAAAUUUUUUUCAUGAUUAUAAUAACUCAUGCUCGUCGAACUAAUCGAUAUGAUAUACUCAUGACCUGAAAUGUCAGGUAUGGGUCCUUUAUGCUGAGAGGUAUUUCAAGUACUUUUAGGACAAAAAGCGGGUUGAGUUUAUAGGCCAAUCUGUUAAGAGCUCGUCAAAGUCAGGAAUUCAAGUCAAAGAUGUGGACUUAAAGUGCAUAUAUAUCCGAAACCGAUUAGAAUAUAGGAGUGAAUAUUUUAUAAACCAUUUGAAUGAGUGGAUAGAUCAUGCAAAUGAUCAGGUUGUGCCAGGAGUCUAGCCUUGUACAUGUACCUGAAACAAUUCAUAUCCUUAAUACAUUAUCUGACCAAGUCGAAAGGAGUUACUUUUUGUGAAAGAUUCUGCAGUAAUCAAUUGCAUUCUCUCCGUAUGCAUUAAAAGAGGAUGUUUAUACUAUUAAUGCCAAAUUUCAGAGAAUUUGCGUGCACAAUAAUUGCUCCACGACAAUUAUGCUUAUUAAGGGAACACGAAUGUCGUUGACCUUUCAAAUGUUCAGUCAAUCAAUAUAAUAAUAUGACAAUUAAAAAAACAAUGUAGGAAGUACUUUCGGUAGGCCUUUGGGAAGUAUCGAAUCAUUUGAAAAUGUUCCUCUUUAAAGCUGAAAGGGCACCUCUUUUCAUAUCACUUGUAACUACAUUAGGCUCGAUUUCACCGAAUGCCCUUCCCGCCCCGGUUCGAGCCAUGAUACCUUCAAGAUCAUUUGACCAAAUUUUGUGGUUUCUCUGUGGUAUUUUAGGCAUGGCCAAUACAGGCAUUGUGGUCAUUAUGGCGCACCUACGAUAGGCUUGGAGUAUUCAGGCAUUUGACCGAAGGAAUGCCCUGUCAAUAGGCCUACACGCUUCAUGUAACUCCAUACAACAUUGCAUUUAAAGUUAUUUCGAAAAUGACUUAAUGUGAUCUUUUACAUGUAUGACAAUAAGGUCCUAAUAAUUGUUCAAGUGAGAACUCCUUCCAGAUGUUGAAGGAUCGCACAGUGCUAUACAUGCCGGAAAAAGAGUCCAUUGAUAACCUUCUUUUGUUAUACUGGGUAUGUCCAAAAACUCGAUGAGUUUUUAGUAUGUCAGUAGCCUACGUAGCUAUACCCCACCACCCUAAAUAACAAAGAAUGCACUUGUAUUGCCAUUGGACUUUUCUUGUCAGUAUAGCAAUGUAUGCUUGUGAUGUCCUUGUCAGCAGUGGUAACUACAUCCUACUCUUGUUGAGAUCAUGUGCAAAGACAGUUAAUGACCAUUGGAAUGUUUGACAUAUACGAUCGAAAGUAAAUAAAAGUAAACAUCCCUGUAGCACAGUUACUGUGCAAGCAAAUUUGCUGAAACUUGGCAUUCAUAGUAUCGUGUAUGAACACAACUGCACAACGGCACUAUUCAGUUCGGAUUUACACACUUGACAAACAGGAGUAGGCCUUUGAAUCUGUUGUCGUUCUCGACAUUAUUUGCACAAUUUCGGCAACGUCUGAUAUGAAUAAGUUGUGGACAUUCUCACUAAAGGGUCAAGCCAGGUUGAGGUGAAGAAUGAUCCUUUUGAAAGGGCACAGCGACACUGCUAACAUUAGUGCCAAGAGUUAUGCCGUAAACUCGUCAGAAACAGUCGUGAUUUUUAAUAGUGUUACUCGCUGGAGGUCGCGACCGUUCCGGACUGGUUAAACUGUGUCCUAAGGUCCAUUUGAUAUUUCUUUAACGAAUGUUAUUUCCUUCUUAUCGAAUCAAAACAAUAGUUUAAAUGAUGCGAGUUUGUUGAUACAACGUCAGAUGCUACAUGUCAUGCAAGUGGUUUUUUUGGGGUUAUUACGGACUAAAAAACAAACGCCAGGGUAUGAUGCAAAGGUCAUCAGAUGUUGCCAAGAUGGCAUAACCCAUGGCAUGAAUCCAUGGUUGAUAUUAGUAGGUCUUUAAGAAUGUGGUAACGCGUUGCGUCAGUCAAAAUCGGCCAAGAGCCGUCGCGACAUUUCAAGGUUACAGGAAUGAUGCUGCCUUCUCGAUCUUAGGGACGGCUCCUGGCCGAUGUAACAAUUGUAGAAUGGAUGAUUUUCUGCGUUAUUUUGAUGUAUAUAUUUAUGUUUGGCCGUGUUAAGUACAAAUGCAUUUUCAGUGCAAUAUCAGAGUGUGUCUGUACAUAAAUAAGGAGGCUAUAAUUUGAUCUUAGAUUUGCUGCGAAAUUCGUACGCUGUAGAUAAGAAAGAGCACCUUAACAUUUUGGUGUCAAAAAUGUCACAUUUUAGCAGAGAAUGUUACAUGAGAAUGUCACAAUCAAAUAGAAAAUGUCACAUUUAUGCAGAGACUAUCACCUUUAAGCAGACGAGAGAGUCACUUUUUUCUUUUAAAUUACUGAAUGAUGUAAACGCAAGCAUGAGAGACUUUAGAUUAAGAUCACCUCAAGAGGUCAAUUCACUCUACAUCCUAUCUCCCCAAUAUUAUGUGAGAGAGAGUCGCCUCCUGGGGCUUGAUUGAUAUCAGAUAAGUCCGUCUUGGUAAUGUGUCCUAUCUGAUCCCAAGGUUCGCCUCUUGUCCUCUCCCCAUUUGACCAAUGGCAAACCCUGGGCUCGGAGAGCCUGACUGUUGAGUUCGGUUUAAUGCGUUUUUCAAGUUAACUCGUUCUAAAAGGUUAAGAUUUUCAACUCGUCUACUUAUAUACUUAAUGCCUUAAACAGUAUUACCGUAUCUUCCUAUGUUGUAUAAUAUUUUUGUACCAAAGUCUAGAUGUAUAUAUAUUUCAUUUUGUAUUGGCUGAUUGGGCGUGGGCCGCAGUGGAGAACACUUGGACGGCAGUGAAAGUAUUCCAAUUAAGACGUCCCUAUAACACAUGUUCUAAUUGUCGCAUGCUUCGUCCUGCGAAAAUAAAGUAUACAAUGUUAAAUAUAA